AUGAGGACGCAACAGAAGCGACUAGUGUGCAUCCUUCUACCCAACAAGCAGCACCUGGACUGUACAGUCAGGGUAAAAGCCAGAGGCCGUGAGGUGUUGAACAGUGUGCUGAAGCAUCUUGGCGUCAGUGAUCUCCAAGUCUUCGGCCUGGCUGUUCUUAGAGAUAAUGAAUAUCUCUUUCUUGAUUUGGACCAAAAGCUGAGCAAGUACUUUGGUAAAACAUGGAGCAGAGGCUCUACAACAGUCCCAUUCAUUGUCUUUCUGAGAGUGCAGUAUUAUGUAGAGAAUGGACAGCUAAUAUUGAGCAGCAAAGUGCAGCAGCUCUACUACACCGAGCUAAGGCAGAAGGUGCUGCUCUCGCAGAGCCGCCAUCAGGAAGCUCUGUUUUUCCAACUGGCAGCUUCUGCACUUCAAGCUGACGUCGGAGAUCUGGAGCAGAGAGAGGGGAAUGAAAGACAGAAGAGGAAACACAGAAGUUACUUUCUUCCUGAAGAUUACUUCCCCUCAUGGCUGAUAAAGCGUCGAGGACGAGACUACCUGCUCCAGCACUGCCCUGUGUUGCAUGCUGAGCUGAGAGGUGUGUCACGUAGCUGUGCUAUUCUGCAGUUUAUAAAAGAGGCCAGCGGCCUGCAGGAUGGACCAGUCACCUUCUACAGGAUGAGACAGAAAAAAGAGCAGAGAAGUUCCAUCCUUCUUGGUGUGGCAGUGGCGGGAGUCCAUGUCUAUCAGGAGGUGGAAGGGAAACUGGGUCUCUUGUAUGAUUUUUCCUGGACCGAUAUUGACCGCUUCACUUUCCAGGGCAGCAGGUUUGAAAUCACUGCAGUGGGCUCUCUGUGCCUCCCUAAGCUGGUGUAUUACACUCACUCAGCCUUCCACUCCAAACACAUCCUGAAGCACCUCAGUGACAGUCACUGGCUCCAGAUCAGCACCAGAGAUGCAGUCAACUACAUCCAACAGCUGGAAGACAUGCAGGCCAGUCAGUUCUAUAAAGAGGCCUACAUCUGUGACACAGCACGCUUAAUACAGAGACUCCAAAGCAGCAGCCUCACAUCCUCCAUGUCUGACUGCACUGUUGCUCUGGGAACAAGCACAGCCUGGUCUAAAGAGGAGGAGGAUGAGGAGGAAGAUGAAUGCUCUGUCACAGAGUUUGAGUUGUGCGUUGAUGACCCAGAGGAGGUUUUUGUUGACAACCCAGCUGAGGUGGCCUGGCUUGCUGAGCUGAUGCAUGGUGUGUCUAUCAAUGGCCCUUUAGUGUUACCUUCUUCUUGGGCAGAUGUCACCAUGGAAAUGAAACAGGUUCUGAGGAGGAGAGCUGAUGAAGGGAAAGCAGAUGAAGGGAGAGCUGAUGAAGGGAGAGCUGAUGAAGGGGUUUCUGUGGACUAAUGUACAGCCAGACGUAAGAUGGACUCACCACAAGUUCCGCAGCCUGGGACAAGACCCCGAAUACUACUGUCCUGAUGCUCACAUUGCUUUUUAAAUUAGUAAUGAUAGACCUGACAAAUUUUGUACUUCAUGCAUAAAUUAUGCUAAUAAUUAUUGGUUAGUUUCAUUGCAACCUAUUCUCCAACAAAUUCCUUUAACAUCCUGUAUGUAGAUAAUAAAAAGGAAAAAAAAAAGUUUUUUAACAGGAUAUAUUUUGAAAGUUUUAAUAGUUUUCCACUGGCUUGAUGUUUAGAUUAUGUUCAUGCAUUGUUUGAAAUCUAAUUCAAUGACAGAUUUUACUGGAUUCUUAUUGCUAAAUUUAACUUACGUGUAUGAAAUUUGCAAAAUACUACACAGUGGUUCAG